AUGCAUGAUCUGAUCUCCUCCUCUUCAUCUCCAUCAAUCAUGGACGACAGAGACAACAACAUUCCUAGAUUCGACUGGGAUCUCUCCCUCUCCGCCGUCGUGUCCUCUCCUCCCACCGGAACCGACGCUAUCGGAGCCAUCGAGUUCGAUCCAAAUGGAGAAAUAUUAGCCACAGGAGGGAUCGCAAGAAAGAUCAGACUGUAUCGUUUAAACUCUUUAUUGUUAGGGACGUCACGUGAUGGUCACGUGGAGAGCUGUUGCAUCUGCACGCCGGCUAAGCUUAGUAGUCUAAAAUGGAGACCCGACUUAUCCGGUCGGGUUAUCGGGUCGGGAGAUUACGAUGGAGUUGUCACAGAGUACGACGUGGAGAGAGGAGUGCCUGUUUUCGAGAGAGACGAGCAUGGAGGGAGGAAGAUUUGGAGCGUUGACUACACGCUCCACAACGGUUCCGUUUUAGGCGCGUCUGGCUCUGAUGAUGGAACGGUUCAAAUGUGGGACCCGCGAGAUGGAGGUUUGGUGGAAACGGUUAGGCCUGGAGGUGGAGGAGCAGCGAUCUGUUCGGUUGAGUUUGAUCGACAUUUCUUAGCCGUUGGAUGUGCUGACCGGAAUGCUUACGUGUACGACAUCAGAAGACUCGUUGACCCGAUAUUCGUGUUAGACGGUCAUACUAAAACGGUGACGUACGCUCGUUUCAUGGAUCAACACACGAUCGUCACGGGUUCCACUGAUGGGAGUUUGAAGCUGUGGGAUAUAGCUAACGGACCGCGCGUGGUUCGCACGUGUCGAGGACAUGUUAACAGCAGGAAUUUUGUCGGGUUGUCUGUUUGGAGGCAUGGUGGUUUGGUUGUGUCUGGUUCGGAGAAUAAUGAAGUGUUUGUGUAUGAUAAGAGGUGGGGAGAACCGGUUUGGGUGCGUGAGUUGGGUGGUCAAAGGGACCGGUUUGGGUCUGACCGUCGGUUUGUGAGUAGUGUGUGUUGGAGACAGGUUGAUGAAGAUUGGUGCACGCUUGUGGCUGGAGGAUCCGAUGGGGUUUUAGAGGUUUUCUCAGGCAAAAGAAACUAA